AUCGCCCCCCCCCGGUGAUGCUCCCAUCGUCUGCCGGCCGCCAUUCAUCCGUCCUCUCUGUGAUCCACUGCCUCUGCUCUCGCCCGCUCGGUGGCCAAACUGUUCCGCUGCCGAUCCGCACCCUCUCUCGCGCGAGGGCCUGUAUAUAUCUAUCGUUGUCGUCGAUCUUCUUCCCUGACUGCUGCUUCCCCAGCCUUGCCCAAUGUCGCCCCCUGUCGAUCUGUCCCAUCUGCGUGCUAUCGACCUCACUCUGGUCCUCUAUGAUCCGGCGGAUCCGUUCGGGAAGCUCCUGGCCGCGGCCUCGCUCGUUCCCAUUGCCCUGCUGGUCUCCUAUGCGACCCUGCUCCUCUUUCGCCGGGACAUUGCCACGGGCGUGAUGCUCCUGGGGCAGCUCCUCAACGAGGCCUUCAAUAUGCUGCUCAAAAACUCGAUCCGGGAACGACGACCCACAGCCCAUCUGGGCGAAGGCUAUGGAAUGCCCUCCAGCCACGCCCAGUUCAUCGCCUACUUCUCGGUUUAUCUGAUUCUGUACACCUACCGAAGGCUGACCUUUGAGAGCUCGUAUUGGAAGAACGUUAUCGCCGCCGUCCUGUGCGCCGUGAUGGUUGCGGUUUCGUAUUCCAGAAUCCAUCUCCACUACCACAGCCCCGAACAAGCCGCCGUGGGCGUCGUUAUCGGCACCCUCUUUGGCAUGUGCUGGUACUUUCUCUCUCAGCACCUCAUCUUGCCUCUGAUCUCAUACACUCAGCUGUUGGAAUCGGGACUGUUCAAGUUCUUCUUGGUGCGCGAUACCCGGGGCAUCCCCAACCUCCUCAAGCACGAAUGGACCAGCACCCGCGAGGAACUGCAGCGUCUGGCCGACGAAAAGAGCAAGCCCAGAAGCGCCAGACGACUCAGCUCCCACAACUCCAAGGCCACCGCCGCCUCCAAGAAAGACUAGACGCCGUUGUUUGUGAAUAUGGAACCUAGAUGGCUGCAGACAGCAUCUGCCCCUUUUGUUCAGUGCAUUGUGAGCCCGACGACGGCCAAGGUCGACUAUUGUCCCGCAUUUCUCAAGGCCGCCUUGAGCUGCAACCGCACUUGUGUUGAAUACUACUAUGACUCAGUCACCGAAGCCCA